GUGCGACGCGGUGGCAAACUGGCUCGUAAGAAAAAAUCGCGUCGAGGCAGGAGACGAGACAAAACCUUAACAGCGAAAUUCGAUACCCAACAAGAACCAACAACUAACAAAAUGAAGCUGCCACUUCUCGUCUUCUCCUUGAUCGUAGUAUAUUGGACCUGCAUAAGCUAUGCUGACGAAGACAUCAAUUCGACGAGAGAUCUAAUAAAUUUGGACGAGGACUACACAUCCGACUACCAAGAUGUGCCUUGGGAAAGACCUCUUUCAAGGAACAAAAGAGGCCUCAUAAUGAAUCCCGUGACAAAGUUGGUAUUGAAGGGAAUGGGGAAGAGCGCUGGUGGCAUGGUCAAAAUUGUGCUUAAACCUGUAUUAGAUUUAUGCGGUUUCGGAUACGGUGCACUAAUCGGAAAAAAAGUGUGUCCCAAAGUGGGAGACAUAUCUUUGUUGAAGUUGCUUUCACAAAUUACGUUGAGACCGAUAUCAACGAUCGAAACUGUAAUGUGUAUUAUACUUGAUAAGAUAGGUAGCACAGGUCGUGCAAUGAUACUCAAAGGUAUUGAGGCAUCCAUAAAAUUCGGAAGGAAGGUAGUGGCACCGACAACGUGCACGGUACUGAAGAAGCUGAGGGACACUGGCUAUUUACCUCAAAGUAUAAAUGCAAUGAUUGACGCGGUUCACGCGAGUUGUAAAAUAAUGAAAAUGCUUGGAAUUAUCGGAUGAUGUAAUGCGCAAAGCUUGACUUUCUGUUUGUAAAAGUAAGAGUACGAAACUAACAUAUACAAGUAGGAAUUAACGUAUCAUUAAUAAAACAAUAUCCACUCGCCUACCUCGUAACGAUUUUGCACUUAAAAUUAGAGUCCGAAGCAGAUCAGAUUAUCGUAACACGGUUUUUUCAACAUCAAUUCAUAUAUAAUAAAAAGUUUUUUAGAAAUUACUUCGCUAAAUUGAUACAGACGAUAUAAAUUACUCGAAUAAUGUAAAUUAUUCACACAAUGAUAUCUGUGCAAUCUAUUUCGUCGUACCGAAUUAUAUAAAGUUACUAGCGAAUAAAUUAUAUGAUUGUUGCGUGCCAAAUAUUUUAGAUCCCUUGGAUAAAAUUCGAUGACAAUGGAUUUAAAAGAUCUUUUACUCAACCAUCUGAAUGAUAUAUGCCUGCGAUUAAAGUAAAUAAUAAAUCGAUCAAUUGUCAA